UCCCGGUCAGUUUCUUAUUUUCCUCUCUCCAAUUAUUUUAUCUUUCUUUCAAAAACAUCUACAUUUUAUAACAAAAACCAGUCUGGUUUUGGGUUUCUGCUUUCAGUCUCAAACCAUAUAUAUCUAAUAUCAUAAGUUUUAUAUUUUCCAAGCCUUCCAAAAAACAAAAACAACAAAAAUGAGCUUCUCUCCAUUCUCAUUCUCAACUCUCUGUCUUUUUCCACAGUACUGUCCAAUCUCUCUCCCUACUAGGUAGCAGUUUUGGAAAGGGUUUUUCUUUAGGAGGGGAUUUUUUUUUGUUUCAAUCUGCGUUUUAUAACAAGAAAAAAAGAAAAGAAAAUAAUGGAUUUUGGGAUGGUGAUGGGGUUGGAUUACGGGUCGGGUGCGAUUUCAGAAUCAGCAGCUGGGUUUGGUUCACUAUCUUCUUCUUCUACUACAGAUCCUGAACCGAAACAUAGGUUGUACGGAUCUGGUAAGCAGGAGAGAUCUGCUGCGGCCAGUAGUAGUAGUACUGGUCUGGAUGAGUACUGGCGUAGUAGCUCCAAAGUGGCUAAGACAACUGACGAUUUCUCAUACUGUAAAUUAGGAAUGGUGCAGCUUCAGGGGCAGAGAAACGCUUCUUCUCCAGUACUGAGAUCUAAUUGUAAUGGUCAGCAGCAGCAAAUGCUAAGCUUCUCUUCUCCCAAAUCAGAAGCUUUAAUGGUGGACAAGAGCUCAUCUCAGAAUAAUGCUACAUUGUUGCCUUGUAACUAUCCCAACGCUUUCCUAUCUGCUUACACUAGAAACACAGGGUAUAACUCUGGCGGCUUGAAUUUGAAUGGUGGUAACAAUAUGUAUGGGGCCAUAAUAGGGGCAAAAGGUCCAUUCACUCCAUCUCAAUGGAUGGAGUUGGAACAACAAGCGUUGAUCUACAAAUACAUUACUGCAAAUGUCGCCAUUCCAUCUAAUCUCCUCAUCCCAAUAAGAAAAGCCAUUGACUCCUCUGGUUUAUCUCACUUUCCAGGUGGAAUUCUCAGAGCCAAUACAUUAGGGGGAUGGGGUUCUUUCCAUCUUGGGUUCUCCAACAACGCCGAUCCGGAACCAGGAAGGUGUCGUAGGACAGAUGGGAAGAAAUGGCGGUGCUCAAGAGAUGCAGUUGCAGACCAGAAAUAUUGCGAGCGGCAUAUGAACAGAGGCCGUCAUCGUUCAAGAAAGCCUGUGGAAGGUCAAACUGGGCAUUCGGUGGCCGGAGCCACUGCCAACGCCAACGCCACCGCAUCCAAGCUAAUGCCGUUAGCUUCUUCAUCACCCUCAUCCACCUCGGUUGCUGUCUCCGGCGCCGGCGGCUCAUCCAACAGCCUCGCCAUUUCGAAUCACCAUCUUCUUCAACAACAAAAUACUUCAGCUACGACCCACCUAAACAGGAUGCAACAACAGAACACUUUAGGUCUUUCUUUGUUGUCUAAAGAUCAGAACGCGUUCUUGACUCAGUCGUUCGGACUGGUUGCUUCUGACUCUCUCCUUAACCUCGCACAGAAAAACACUGAAGCUCGUAAUCAUCAGCAACAACAACAUCAGCAGCAGCAACAUUCACUUCGCCAUUUCAUCGACGAUUGGCCUAAAACCCAGCCCAACCGACAAGCCCUUUCAUGGCCGGAAAUAGACAUUCAAACAGACCGCACCCAGUUAUCGAUUUCGAUGCCGCUGGCUUCCUCAGACCUCUUCAUCCCCUCAUCUUCGUCGCCUGAAAAGACCAGUCUGUCAAUGAGUUUGGGAGUGGGAGCGGGAGAGCAUGUGGGGAAUCGAAAUUGGAUUCCGAUUGCAUGGGAAAACUCAUUAAUGGGUGGUCCACUAGGGGAGGUGCUACACCACUCGAAUAGUAGUAACAACAAUAAUAACGGGUCUGUUGAGUGUAAGAACUCGUCGUCAUCGUCGUCGGUGCUUAAUCUGAUGACAGAAGGGUGGGACAAUAGUCCUCCAAUGGGGUCAUCGUCUCCGACAGGGGUCCUACAGAAGACAGCGUUUGGAUCAUUGUCAAAUAGCAGCGCGGGGAGUAGCCCAAGAGGUGAGAAUAACAAAUCUCUUGACUAGAAAGGAGAGUGUUACUUUGUAACCCAACAACAAACUUCUACUAUUACUAAACUUUGUUCCAUUGGGAUUGUCACACCUGGUUUCUCUGCAGUUCCAAUUGGUCUUUUCUUUUUUAAUUGAAUUUCCGUUAUUUGCUGCCUACUUAAAACAACAACAGUACUCACAAAUUGGAUAUUUUUUGGAUUUGUGGGUGCUUUAGCUUUCCCCUUUUUUAAUGAUAUUAUGACUAUGAGGAUUCAUCUU